CCGCCGUGCGGCACAGCAGCGCUGCAUUGCGAUGCUCUGAAGCGCCCGCCCUCCCUAAUUCACAUGCUCAUCAUGGAGGAAUAACAGGUACCUGCUUUACAGAGAGAGGAGGACAGGCUUAUUCCCAUUCCCAGCGACAUCUUGAAACGUAGUCAGACCAUCCGCGAAUGUGAGUUAUACUGUUGUAGCAAAGCAGACAAUCGCGAUGAAGCAUUUCCUGAGGGUACUGACCCAGUUACUGGUGUUCCUUUACUGUAAGUGUUUGUGGCGGGGCCUGAAGUUUGUCAUCAGGAAGUUGACUGGACGAUGUGAGCUUCAACGCAUCUGUUACAAUAACAAACCUGGCGCUCGCAGGACGCUCAAGAUUGAAUCCUCACUCAAAUGCUCUAAACAUGAGCUUUUGCAGUCUGCCAUCAAUGUUCACCCUGAUUCUGUGGAAAAGACUAUUGAUGAUAUAAUGUCCCUGAAAAAGAUCAACCUUGACACGAACCCACAGCUUGGCAUCUCUCUCCAGGCUUGCCUGCUCCAGAUCGUGGGUUACCGAAACCUAGUAGUGGAGGUGGAGAAGCUGCGUAGAGAGCCGUAUGAUUGUGAAAACCCAGCACAUGAGGAGAUGCUCAUGAAGCUGUGGAAGGAACUCCGUCCUGAUUCUCCUCUCUCUGGACGCAUCUCAAAGCAAUGGUGUGAGAUUGGUUUCCAAGGAAACGACCCCAAGACUGAUUUCAGGGGCAUGGGUCUCCUGGGCUUGCACAAUCUACUGUAUUUUGCAGAGCAUGACAAAGCCACUGCUCUCCAAGUUCUUCACGACUCCCUGCAGCCCAAACACAGCAAGAUGAGCAAAGCUGAGUGGGACAAGAAGAAAUUUGACAAAGCAAUUGGAUACUCCUUUGCCAUAGUUGGCAUAAACAUCACAGACCUGGCGUAUUCCCUGCUGGUGAGCGGGGCUCUGAAGACUCAUCUGUACAAUGUGGCACCAGAGAUGCCAAGUCUAGUGCACUUCCAACAGACCUUCUGUUAUCUGAUGCAGGAGUUCCACAGGUUCUGGAUUGAGGAAGAUCCAUGCGACAUCAUGGAGUUCAACCGCGUACGCACCAAGUUCCAUAAGCGCGUCCUGAAGCAGCUGAAGAACCCUGACAUGGCACUGUGUCCUCACUUCACUGCCUCUGACCUUCACCUGGUCAACCUGUAGCUUCUCAUUCAUCUCAACUCUCGUGACCUUUCACCUUCUCAUCCUUAAAAAAGUCCAUGUCUCAUUACUGCCAACUGCUUAGCCGGUCUCUUUCUCACACAUUCUCACGACAACAAGUAACUGAAGAUCACCAGCACUGCUGAAGACCAUGUUGAUUGUACGUGCGCAUGGCAACAGUGCACCACCUUACAACUUUCACACUGAUUGUGAUAUUUACAUCUGAAUGUGGAUGGGAGAGAGAUCUCUCCCGAUACGACAAAGCUCCCUAUCCACCAGUAGGUAGAGCUGUUGGUACACAUUGGGAAGGACAACAACCUUCAGGCGUGCCAGAAUUUUCAACCCACAUCCACCACAGUAGGCUGCACUGAUACCAGGCACACUUAGAAACAGGUGGCCAUCGUUUAUAUACACUAUCAUAUGCUUUCAGAGCUGUUAUAUUAAAGAUAAACUUUGUUUAAUUAUUGUGAAUUACUUAAAGGAAUAUUCAUGAUACAGUACAAGUUAAACUCAAUCAACAGCACUUUUGGUGUUGAUGUUGAUUACCACAAAAAAAUUAUAUAUAUAUAUAAAAAAUCUGUUUUACAAUGCCGCACUUACAGUAGAAGCGAACUGGGCCAAUUUGUAAAUAUUACAAAAAUAUCAAUCUUUUCUAAGUUAUUUUAUAACAUUUUUGGCAUCACAACCCUAAAAAUAAUUGUAAAUAUGCUUAUUUAAACAGAUUGACAGCUCAAAUAAUACACACAUUUUAAAAGAAUUCAUUUAAGUGCUUUUAUUAUAAUAUAAGCAUCAAAUUUCGGUUUUAAACACUGAAAUUGGCCCCAUUCACGUCCAUUGUAUGUAAGAUUUUUUAAUUAAAAUAUCACAAAACACUAGAACUGUUAUAUAUUAUGUUGGCUUGUGUACUUACAUUAUUCCAAAUGUUUCCAAGGAUGUUUAAAUCCAGAGAAAUAAGCAAUUUUAACUAGUGGUCCGUCCUUUGUCGUUGCGUCGCCUGCCAAUCACGUCAUACACCCUCCAUUUCCGGUUUUUUUUUGUAGACAAAAAUCAAAGACGCUUUAAUAUGUUAUUUGUUUUAUCAGACAGGUGACGAACGCACAGAGUUCAACUGUGAGGAUGAAGACUACAACUCCCAUGAUUCCACACUAGCAUGGCGUCAUCAAAUGACGCUUUUCUUUGUUUGUUUUGAAUAUGCGUCAUCUAGCGGCAAAAAUUACACACUCGACAGGCAGAGUCGACAUUAUUUUUUGUGGUAAUAAACGUUAUCCCGCAGGUGUUGUCUGUUGAGUCUAACUUACAUUGAAACUUUAACUAUCCUUAAAUGGAAAUUAUUUCAGCUUGCUGUAUUUACAUAUCAUUCGUUCAAACAUCCAUUAUCAUCACUCUCAUAUUCUCAAUCUCAUUCUUCUAUCACAUAGUACAUAGACUACUACAUGUUGCCAAGAAGCAGAGCUUAAAAUCAAAUAUUUACUUGCCAAAUAUGGUAGGAUAAUGUGUGUUUUGUGAAUGUUAUCAUGCAGAGCACAUGAUUGUUUUACAAAUGUAAUAGUGUUGAUGUAAAAAAGAAAAACUAUAUGGAAUGUUCCAUUUUUCUGUUCUAGCACCAAAGCAAUAAGUGACGUUUAGAACAGUUAGUAGAACAGUCUUGUUUUCUUUUGCACAAGUGGUGCCUCUAUUGUAUUAUUAAGACACUAAUUAGCAUAAUUAAUGUAGAACUCUAAAGUUUAGCCCUCGGUGUGAGUAUUUCACGCUUUCUAUAAUGCAUUUUGUUGACUUUUACAGUUGUGUCAAAUCACAAAUGCAUGAUGCUUUUUUUUAAGUUUGCCCAUUAACCCUUUAACACGAUGGACGGUCACAGGGUUUGCAUGAUGAUUUAGUUUUUGCCUGCAAAAAAAUUGUGUUUACAGAAUGUCACUUAAUUUUAAUGUUGUUAAUCGGUGCAAUGAAUGUCUAUGCUACUUGGCAGUGUUAAGCAGCUUCUUUUUAAUAGCUAUUGGUUGAACUGUGUUUCCACAUGAUUUUUAAAUGUGUAUAAAAUGUCAUAUAUUUCUCAUUGCAGCACUUUUACAGAGGAGACAGAAGCACUUGCUGUACAUAAAGCCUUAGAGGUGGAAUACAUGGAAACGUUAUUAAAGCUCAUCAUUAUGCAUGGCUGAA